CCCGCUUGUAUCACCUUUUAUCCACAUAUCGAUAUAUAUCCGUAUAUCGACAUCGAUAAACUGAUAUAUCCGUUUAUCCGUAAAUCAAUAGUGCAUGUGUUUAUUAGAAAAGUGUCAUUUUUAAAAUGUUGAAUUUUUUGAUUAGUGUAUUGUUAGCGUCGUUGAGUGUACAAUAUGCCUCCGCGAUACAAUGCUACGAGUGCAGCAGUGUGAACAACUCCAUGUGUCUGGACCCCACCAUCUACGAUAAGGACACUCUGCAGAAGUUCAUGACGCUCACCGACUGCGGGACCCAUGGGAACCAGGAGUUCUUCUGCAGGAAGAUCAUUCAGACCAUUCUCCGCAAAGGCCACGAGUCGGAGGUGCGCGUGCACCGCGGCUGCGGCUGGGUGCGCUCGCGCAGGGCCUGCUACAAGGCCGACAAUGAUGACCAUCUCGAAACUGUCUGUCAGUGCUUUGAUGAUGGUUGUAAUGGGGGGAAUUCUGUGGUAGUUGCCAAGUGGAUACUGUUGGUUGCCAGUGCGACUGUGGUUUUGAAUAAAUGGCGCUAAAAUGA